AAGACACAGAAAGACAGGCUUAGUAAGCAAGGAACAGGGUGGAAUUUAGCAGAGGGCUGUCAGUACUGUCAAGGGUCUGUCAAAACUCAGACUCUGACCAUGCUUGCCACUGUGGGCACCCUGGUAGCUAACAUCUGCUCAGCAAUCCAUCUCUGGACACUGCUGCUCACUCUUCUCACCUUGCUGCUCCUGGCUGACUACCUCAAAAAUAGGCGUCCCAAGAACUAUCCUCCAGGACCCUGGCGCCUGCCAUUUGUGGGCAACUUGUUCCAGUUUGGUUUAGAUGUGUCAUGUCUGUACUCGAGGAUCCAGCUGUUUGUGAAGAAAUAUGGAAAUCUAAUUAGCCUCGAUUUUGGUCACAUCUCUUCAGUGGUCAUAUCUGGACUGCCCUUAAUCAAAGAAGCUCUCACUGACUUUUCAAAACGCCCCAGUAUACCUAGCAGGGAACAUGUGUUUAAAGACAAUGGAAUUAUUUUUUCUAAUGGUCAGAAAUGGAAGGAGCAAAGAAGGUUCACACUGAUGGUACUCAAGAAUUUUGGAGUAGGGAAGAAGAGCUUAGAGCAGCGCAUACAGGAAGAGGCUUACCAUCUUGUGAAGGCCAUAGGAGAGGAGAAAGGACAGCCUUUUGACCCUCACUUCAGGAUCAACAAUGCAGUCUCCAAUGUCAUUUGCUCCAUUAAUUUUGGGGAGCGCUUUGAGUAUAAUGACAGUAAGUUUCAGGAGCUACUGAAGAUAACAAAUGAAACCAUAUCUUCUGAGGCAUCAAUGAUGUUAGUGCUCUACAAUAUCCUUCCAUCCAUAAUGAAAUAUCUUCCUGGACCACAUCAAACAGUUUUCAGAAACUGGGAAAGACUGAAAUUGAUUGUUUCCCAUAUGGUGGAGAGUCACCGGAAAGAUUGGAAUCCUGAUGAGCCAAGAGAUUUCAUUGAUGCAUUCCUUACAGAAAUGACAAAGUACCCAGACAAAACUACUACAAGUUUCAAUGAAGAAAACCUCAUCUGCAGCUGUCUAGAUCUCUUCAUUGGUGGAACUGAGACAAUAUCCACAACACUGCGCUGGGCUCUGCUCUAUAUGAUACUCAACCCAGAAGUGCAAGAAAGAGUACACUCUGAGAUUGAUGGAGUGAUUGGACAAUGGAGGCAGCCAAGCACUGGUGACCGAGACUCCAUGCCCUACACCAAUGCUGUCAUCCAUGAGGUGCAGAGGAUAAGCAACAUCGUCCCCUUGAAUGUUCCCAGAGAAGUAACAGCUGAUAGCGCUUUUGCUGGAUUCUACCUGCCUAAGGGCAAAAUGAUCCUCACCAAUUUGACUGCUCUGCACAGGGACCCCAAAGAGUGGGCCACUCCAGACAUCUUCAAUCCAGAGCACUUUUUGGAGAAUGGACAGUUUAAGAAGAGAGAAUCCUUUCUGCCUUUCUCAAUGGGAAAGAGAGCUUGCCCUGGAAAACAACUGGCCAGAUCUGAGCUGUUCAUUUUCUUCACUGCUCUUAUGCAAAAAUUUACCUUUAAGGCCCCAGAUAAUGAAAAGCUGAGCUUGAAGGUUAGAAUAUUCCAUACGGUUUCCCCAGUCAGCCACUGCAUCUGUGCUGUCCCUCGACAAUGA